AUGAACAUGUUAGGCCUUAGAGACCUAGUUUUCAUAGCUCCAACCUCUCCUAUGCACCAACAGGGCCAACCCAUUUCAGCAGAACCUCAUGCCAACCUUCCUUUGUCUUCAUCAGCUUCUCUAAGUGUCGGUCUUGGCAUUUUCCCACUCCUAACUGCCACUCCCUGCAUGUCACAUCCUCAUGGAAAUGAUGUUCAAGAUUGUGACAACGCUUGCAACCCCAACUAUUGGAACCUCAAGAUGUGCCCAGAAGUGAAUUCUGCAAGAAAAGGAGUGAUGAUCAACGUGGAAGAAGAUGAGAACAACAAGCACAUGAUGGAGAGUGAGGAAAAUGGUAUCUAUGGGGUUGAGUUCAGGGUGUGUCAGGAUUGUGGUAACAGGGCAAAGAAAGAUUGCACCUUUAAAAGAUGCAGAACCUGUUGCAAGGGACGUGGCUAUAAUUGCAGCACUCACGUGAAGAGCACGUGGAUCCCAGCAUCACUGCGGCGGGACCGGAAUACGGCGGUGGCUGGUGGUGGUGGUGAUGACGACGGUUGUUCUAAGAGGCCAAGAGUUUUGGGGUCAUCACAUAAUGGUGUUGCUGUUGCUGCUACCUCUCCAAGUUCAAUCUCCAAUGCUACCACAACAAAGAGCUUAACCUUAGAUACUAGCUCUUGUCACCAAGAUGUUGGUUUCAAACAAUCUUUACCUCGUCAUGUUUGUGCACCUGCUGUGUUUAGGUGCCAUAGAGUGUCUGCUAUUGGCAAUGGUGAAGAUGAAUUUGCUUACUUGGCCACGGUUAACAUUAGUGGCCAUGUGUUCAAGGGGUUUCUGUAUGAUCAUGGUGUUGAUGAGAAAAAUGAAAUGCCUUGUGUUUCAGAACUGCAACUGGGAAACAAUGGCAGUGGAAUGAAUAAUAGGGAAUGUUCUUCUGCAAUUGGGGUUCCAACCAGUGCCUACCCUGCUUCUGCUUGCUGAGAUUGCUUUAAGGUAUUGGAUCAGUUUAAUGAAACCCCUGAAUGCAAUUCAUUCUGAGGUUUUGCAGGGAAACUCACAACAUAUGCUAAGUAGUCUUUUUUUUUUUUUUUGGUAAUUUGUAAAUUUAUCUUCAGC